UCGAGUCACCGACCUUCAGAUCCGAGUUCGUAUGAUUGCCACAGAAACAACCAUGUUUUCGGGCAACAAGUUGAAGAUCAAAUUUUCCUGCAAAAGAGUAGAAGCUGAGGUUGGGAAAGUAGUAGAAUCCGAUGAUGGGAAAGUGUCGCGUGACUUUGGGGAUACAGUGUCUGCCAAGAGUUUGAGCUCUGUUGCACAAUCUUCUCUCUCGGGUGGGAAGAAGAGGGGACCCCAAGGGGAUAUUGAGGCUCCGAGAGAGAAGAAGCUGAAGAUGGAUCGUAAAUUGAAGAGUCAGUGUUCGACAAUUCUGAAUACACUGAUUUCUCAUAAGGACUCUUGGGCUUUCCGAACACCAGUUGAUCCUGUUGAGCUACAAAUUCCUGAUUAUUUUGAUGUCAUCUCUUCUCCCAUGGAUUUGGGAACAAUUAAAUUAAAGCUGGAUAGGAAUUUGUAUUUUGGCGCUGGAGAGUUCGCAUCUGAUGUCAGGUUGACCUUUUCUAAUGCCAUGCUCUAUAAUCCUCCGGGCAAUCCUUUUCAUCAGAUGGCAAAAGACUUAAAUACAAAGUUUGAGAUGAAAUGGAGUCUUCUGGAUGUGAAGUGGAGUCAGGGAAGCUCAAAGGUUGACAAAGGGGAAAAUUCGUGUGGGCAUAUUAAGAAAAUAUCUGAAAUAACUGAUAGGAGACUGAAUUCCCAUCAAUCUACUCCGUUUCAGAAUGUAUCAGUGACCAAAAGCUCAGUCCCAUGCAAAGAGAAUGGUGGAACUCUUGGUGCAAGUGAUAGUGAGGUCAAGCUUGCCAAAACAGUCAAGUUCUCUACUGCAAAAGUGACGGGAAAGAACAUUGAUAGAGGCUGCAAUAGUGGUGGCAGCCAUUCUUCUGGCUCUAGAAGUGCAAAGCAGCUACCAAGCUUGGUUGGUAGCAAAUGUAGAACAUGUUGCAACAUUACAUGCCAAUGCAGUCUACGCACUGAAAAUCACUCAAGUGCUUUUGUUUCAGACAUAUCUCCUGAGAGGUCAUUAGGCAAAGAACAAAAUCAUCAGUUGUCUACUGCCUAUGUACCCGGACCGGAUUGUCAAGCAAAAAGCUCUUCCACAUCCCAUAUGAGAAAGUCAGAUCCAGAGUCUGAUGGGGCAGUAAGUGCUCUGGAUGAGGAAACCAUGUGCCCCAGUUCUCAUCUCACAACCCCUGUCACUGAUGCUACUUCUGGAGAAGAAUGGAGCACUCCUAUCUUUAGUGUUCCACUAUCACCAAAAAAGGCUCUCCGUGCUGCCAUGCUGAAGAGUCGCUUUGCGGAUACUAUUUUGAAAGCUCAACAGAAAAGUCUUCUUGAUCAAGGUAAUAGAAGUGAUCCACUGAAGAUGCAACAAGAGAAGGCAAGAUUAGAGCGUAAGCAACGUGAAGAGAAGGCAAAGAUUGAAGCUGAAAUAAGAGCCGCGGAAGCUGCUGCACAAAAGCAGGCUGAGCUUGAAUUGAAGGAGCGACAAGAAAGAGAAAGAGAAGAAGCUCGUCUUGCACUUGAAAAGGUGGAGAGGACUGUCGUUUUUGAGCAGAACUGCUAUAUCCUUGAGGAACUUAAAAAGUUAGCCGGGUAUCAUGGUGGCUCUUGGGGAUCACACUUCCGAUCACCACUGGAGCGACUUGGUUUGUUUAUCAAGGACGAGUAUACAGUAGAUGUUGAUGAAUUGGAGGAAGGGGAAGAAGGGGAGAUUUUUUGAUAUUCUUGACCUAGCUUGGCUCCAGACUUAUAUUAUGUAUGAUCUUAUGCGUUUCUGUUUUCCUACUUGGGGAUGUUUUGGGAGGGAAAGGAGACCAUUGUAAAUAAAGAACAUUCUUGGGUAGUGGAUUAGGUGAUACACUAAUGUAUAUAUAUGAAAUAUUAGGUAAAAAAGAAUGAAAAGAGAUUGGUCACUUCGUUGGAGUAUUACUCCACAGAUUCAUUCUCUUGUUCCCCAAUGUAGUACCAAACCCGGUAUGAAUUGAAUUAGAUUGAUUACUUGGUU